AUGUCCCAGGACAGAACACAGACCACAUCGGCGACCAGCCAAGGCCAAGCUUCUGGACACGACUGUCAGCCUGAGCUUGAACAAGCUGAUCUCGAUUGCCUCGAGCCUGGUCGGCCCCUGAACGAAAAGGUCAUUGACACCUUCUUCUGUCUUCUGGCAGCUCUGUUCCCGUAUACCAUCAGAGUUGUCGGCUGUGCCUCCCAAGCCAGCUUAUCUUCCUCGCUCGAUCAGGUGAAGCCCGUCACCUUUGCCACCUCCGGGCUGACUACCCUUGUGCCUAUACAUCUCUGCUCCUCUGAACCCUGCGUGGAUCACUGGCUCCUGGCAGCCGGUGACUCUACCGGGACCCGGCUCUGGGACUCGAUGCCGGCCGAGGAGCAUACCCAGGCUGCUACGGAGAUAUUAUAUCGCCACCAGCCCCACACACGGGCAUCGAUAAGAGAGGUGGAGUGUCCCCAGACAGAAGGCGUCGACUCUGGAGUUGCCAUUAUAUUCAAUGCUAUUUGCAUCGUCGCAGCGACGCUGGGAACCACGAUACAGAUGCCUGAGAUCUCAAACGCCUCGUUAUGGAGGGGUGCCUUGACCUUCAUGUUGAGGUCGAGCAUGGGCCAAUCCUACCGCCUCUGCUGGGGACUCCCGUUCGAGAAUGACACGGUCCUCUUGGAAAGCAGAGAUCCGCAAAAUGACGAGUGGGCGCUCCUCUGCAGCAGCAAUCGCAUAUUCAUUAGCUACGAGGCGGCCCGCAAGGCAAUUCAAGAUCAGCAGCAGCGCCUAGAUGCAGCGGCAGCGGUGAAGAACGAGCACAGAGUCCAAAUUAUAAGAUCGGGAGCCUGCAUUCGCGACUUACUGGAUUCCUUAUCUGCCUUGACCUCAUCCCAGAGGAACCAAUUCGACAGGCUCCGGGAGGAAAAUGAGAACUUGGAAAACGGUCUUCGCAUGCUUACCGCAGUGGAUGAGUAUUUGCUCAAGGUGUCUGCGUACGCGACCUCACCCACAGCCUCACUACAAUGUGAAGUCCGAAAGCAUCUGCGGGAAUCGUCAAAUCGUCGAGAGCGAGCAGAGUUGAUGGUUGACACACUCAAUAUGACUGUCGAGGCAGUGGGUGAAGCUGUCACAAUGCUGCAGGCUGGGAAAUGA